CUCAAAGAAAAAUGGAAAAUAAUGAAGUAUUUCCAGUUGAGAUUGGCGAUAAUUGCGAGUUGCCGCUUGCUGAAUUUUAUAUUCCUCGAUGUUAUGAAGAUGAUUUGUCUGCCGUCCUCAUUGAAUAUCCAGCCAUACAAAAUAGAAUACAUGGAAUGGCAGUUGAGAUUAACUCUCGGAUUGGGGAUAAGCCACUAGUUAUGAUUUGCGUGUUGAAAGGCUCUUUUCGAUUUUUCUCUGAUUUAUUACAAAAAUUGUCGGAUGUUCGUUCUAAUUGUGGUUGGCCUAUUCGGAUUGAAUUUAUUCGUGCACGUAGUUAUAUUGACCAAAAAUCGACUGGAAAUGUUUUUAUUGAAGAAUUAAACAACUUAUUGUUAGAUGAAAGUCUUAAAGGAGCACAAGUUGUUUUGGUAGAUGAUAUAAUCGACACAGGCUUAACAAUUUCAAAAUUAACAGAAAAAUUGAAAGAAAAUGUGGGGCCUGAAGGACGUAUUUGGACUGCAAUCUUAAUAUCAAAAAGAACAACUCUAGUCAAAGAAGAUUCAAUUUUUGGAGAUUUUGUUGGAUUUAGUGUUCCUGACAAAUUUAUUGUUGGAUAUGGAAUGGAUUACAACGAAAUGUUUCGUGAUUUACCACACAUUUGUAUUAUGAAUUCUAAUGGUAUUGAAAAAUAUCGGAAGAAAGGAAAUUGUGAAAAUUAAUUUUAAAAAACUAAUUAAUUACAGUAGAACCUUAAUUUUAGAUUGGUUAGUUGAAAUUUAGUUGACCACUGGAUAUAGGGCAGGGAUGGGUCGUUAUAGGAAACUCAAGACUUUCCAAGCCAAAAUCUGACCCGAUUUUUUCUUAACUUUACUCAUCACGUGUUUGGGGGCUACCUAGGUUAAAUUUCCUUUAUUUGAGAUAUAUUUCAUUAUAACUAGGGUUGCGUUUUCGUUCCGGGCCGACGGUCGAGGCACUUUUUUCGGGCUUGUUUUUAUUUAGCCGGGCCAUACGAGUAGUUUUCGGGCCAAAUUUCUUAGGCCCGACUCCAUCUUUCGGUCCGAAUCGGUCCAUUUUGGCAACCCUAAUUAUAAGCUACAUAAAUUUUUCG